UUGGUCAUGGCUCAAGCGGCGGCAAACGCGCUCACCAAUCUGGCCAGGGCGGCCAUCGGCCUCGGCGUGGGCGCCACUGCGCUGAACUCCUCCAUCUACGACGUCGAUGGAGGUACCGCGGCGGUGAUGUUUGACCGCUUCCGGGGUGUGCUGCCCAAGGCGUCGUUGGAGGGCACCCACUUCCUGAUCCCGUUCAUCCAGAGCCCCACCAUCUACGACCUCCGCACCCGCCCAAGGUCCAUCACGUCGGUCACCGGGACCAAGGAUCUGCAGCAGGUGAACCUCACGCUCAGGCUUCUGUUCCGCCCCGACGUGGACAGGCUCGCGGAGAUCCACAUGACCCGCGGUCCCGACUACGACGAGCGGGUUUUGCCGUCCAUUGGUAACGAGGUGCUCAAGGCGACAGUCGCGCAGUACGAGGCUGAGCAGUUGCUCACCAUGCGCGCGGAGGUGAGCAACCAGGUGGCGACCGCGCUCCGUAAGCGAGCGAGCGAUUUCGGCAUCGUCCUGGAGGACGUCGCCCUGACCCACCUCGCCUUCUCGUCGGAGUACAGCAAGGCGAUUGAGGCGAAGCAGGUGUCGCAGCAGGAGGCUGAGCGCUCGAAGUUCAUCGUGCUCAAGUCUGAGCAGGAGCGCGAGGCGGCCGUCAUCCGCGCGGAGGGCGAGUCCGAGUCUGCUAGGCUCAUCAGCCAGGCGACUAAGUCCGCGGGACCGGCGCUCGUGGAGCUGAGGCGCAUCGAGGCGGCGAGGGAGGUUGCGGAGACUCUGUCCAAGUCCAGGAACGUCAUGUACCUCCCCGGGGGGAACUCGCAGAUGCUCCUCGGCCUGAGCGGCAACUGAAGUAGCGAUCAAUUUUAUGUAGUUCAAGCCUUUCAUCAUGACAAUCGUCCGACU